ACGGUCAUUCACGAGGGCAGAAAUAUAGUGUGCCUCUGAUUUAUCAAUGAUUAUGUUGCGUGCAACAGUUUGAUAAACGACAAUCAUUUGUUGUGCACGGAAAUCCCGUAGAGAUACCGAAGAGUCAAAGGGAGCUGUUCUGCAACAUCUAGUUUUGUGGACGGGCUGCACCAAUAGCACACUGCUCUUGCCAUCUUUGUGCUUGAUUUUCUCCUCCCACCACUCUUGUGUGACAAUUGCAGCGAGGCACCAGCCUAGGAAAAUCGGUUAUCCGAAUACUCCGUGGAAAGGGGGUGGCAAAGAAGAGCGAUUAGGCUGAAGAUACCCAUUUGGUGGGGAAAGACUAUUUCGUUUGGAAAAGUUUAUAAAGUUUAGUUCAUAAUGUCUUUGUCGGUACCCCAGAAUGGAAUCAAGGCGGAUAACGAGCCCGUUAUCGAGCUCUUUGUGAAGGCGGGAAGUGAUGGCGAGAGCAUUGGGAACUGUCCGUUCUCACAGAGACUCUUCAUGAUCCUGUGGCUAAAGGGAGUGGUCUUCAACGUCACCACAGUGGACCUGAAAAGGAAGCCUGCAGACCUCCAGAACCUGGCCCCAGGCACACACCCUCCUUUCAUCACCUUCAAUGGGGAGGUCAAGACCGACGUCAACAGGAUCGAGGAGUUCCUAGAGGAUGUCCUCAGCCCACCCAAGUUCACCAAGCUUGGCACCAGACACCCUGAGUCCAACACAGUUGGGAUGGACAUCUUUGCCAAGUUCUCAGCCUUCAUCAAGAACUCCAAACCAGAUGCCAACGAGGGUCUGGAGCGUGGGCUGUUGAAGACCCUGCAGAAGCUGGACGAGUACCUGCGCUCCCCGCUGCCUGACGAGAUCGACCACAACAGCAUCGAGGACAUCAAAAUCUCCACUCGCAAGUUCCUGGACGGUGACGAGAUGACACUGGCUGACUGCAACCUCCUGCCCAAGCUGCACAUCGUCAAGGUGGUGACCAAGAAGUACAGAGGCUUUGACAUUCCCAAGGACAUGACGGGCAUCUGGCAGUACCUGCAGAACGUCUAUACGCGCGAGGAGUUCACCAACACCUGCCCCAGCGACAAAGAGAUUGAGAUCGCCUACCAAGACGUGGCCAAGAGGCUGGUCAAAUAGGGCUAUUCCACAUCCACGCCCCCCCCAGCACUGGGACUGGUCUGUUCAGACAUGAGAAAGAACUAUGGACUACCUUUCCUCCACUCAUUUAAAGCAAACCUAAUGCAUAAAUCUCUGUUCCUACCUUUCCCUUUUUAUUUUUGGAAGAUUUAUUGAGUACAUGAAGUUCAAAGGUCCAUUGGUUAUUGCUUUUUAGUUUUCUUUUUGUUAUGACUGUUUCGAGGCAUCUGACUGGCGAGGCGGUCGCGCUACCUGCCAGAUUGGACGCAGGCUAGUGUGUAUCCGAGCUUAUCAGUUUUGGAGGGCCAUCGACACACACUAUAAAGUGGCCUUCCGGCUGACCCUCUGUUUCCACACGGAAAUAUGGUCGCAAGUGUUUUUUCUGUUGUCUGUUCAAUAUUGAUUUGCAUUUCAUGCUUGCUAUUGACUUUGUGUUGGUUUAAACAGUGUUGAAAGCUUCAGUGUUUUUGGCUCUAGAGAGUAAAUGAGGGCAGGUUUCACUGCAUGUACUGCAUUAGACGCUAGGCCAAACCACAGUUGACAUAUCAGCGCGAUAUGCUUCAUUUUACUGUUGCGUUGCUUGAUUCAAUUGGUAUAACUAUAAUACAGGUAAGGCUACCUGUUUUGUCCAUGCUCUGAUACCAUUUACUCCACAACCUUGUAUGUGGACACAUGGUGCAAACAUCCAUGACAAUUAUGCUACCUGAGCUCAGUCUACAGUAGGCUUAGAUGUAGCUGUGCCAGGUCCUUAGAUUAGAUGUUUUCAGAACAAGGGAACCUAAGAUGCAUGAAAUAUUAGGUACUAUGUAACAAACAAAAUCAACCAUUUAGACUUGUAUGGGAAUACAAACUGCCCUUCAUCACUGCUCCAUAUAGACACUGACACUCCUGGCAGUAAUGCUCAAUUUGCCCAAAAUUAACAUCUUUUUUUUCUCUCUCUCCUGUACAGUACGAAGGGAAAUCUUUAGCUUGAGUUGUGAUGGCAGCAGUGGUAGUUUUAUAUUAUACUUCAGCCACCGAAAAGGGGACAUUUUAUUCAGGUCUCACUGUGGAUUGAAUGACUCCUGUUUAGAUAAACUAGUGAAGUAACAAACGAAAAAACACCCACUCACCAUCUUUCUCCUAUAGCAUACAGACGAACCCCACUCACCAUCUUUCUCCUAUAGCAUACAGACGAACCCCACUCACCAUCUUUCUCCUAUAGCAUACAGACGAACCCCACUCACCAUCUUUCUCCUAUAGCAUACAGACGAACCCCACUCACCAUCUUUCUCCUAUAGCAUACAGACGAACCCCACUCACCAUCUUUCUCCUAUAGCAUACAGACGAACCCCACUCACCAUCUUUCUCCUAUAGCAUACAGACGAACCCCACUCACCAUCUUUCUCCUAUAGCAUACAGACGAACCCCACUCACCAUCUUUCUCCUAUAGCAUACAGACGAACCCCAAUCAGCCAUCAGAAAAGGUGACACUAAAGAUAUUUAUGAGGCUAGGCAUUGGGGAGAGGAGACUGGUUAUGUUAUGACUAUCAUUUAGGAUUUUAUUUUCUCAUUAUUUAGAAUGCUUUCAAAGGAUAUUCUGUCAUAGUUUGAAAAUGCUUUAGUGUGAAUAAAGCAAAAAUAUGUAUCGUUUUGUUUUGCCAUCCUUUCAGACGUUUGUUGUAAUACAAAUUUGAUAAAAGGAUUUGUAAAUAUUUGUUUUGAUUAUUCAGAGUUCAAUGUGUAAAUUGUAUACAUUCAUUGGUUGGUUUGAAUUGGGGUGGGGGGGGGGGGAGCCUUUUUUACCUGCUUGGGUUUUAGUACUAGAAGACAUCUCCUCUGGCCUUAUUUGUUUUCUCUAGCUCAAACGUUUUUCAAAAAUCACUGCAAUUACGACAUGUGUAUGUCCAUUUCAGAAGAAAAGAUCCAGGCUAUGUCAUGGGUUUAAAAAAAAAAACAAUAUUGACAUUAUUGAAAUAAACCUAUUAUUGGCA